CUUAUGGAAGUCUUUGCGUAAUACGGCUCUCGUGCAACGAUUCAAACAAGAACUAUUCUUCAAGCAAGGCGUAAUGAUCGUGAACACAGCGACAGAACUUUUGACUUUGCUCUUUGCAGUAUUUGCCUCGACAUCAACUCUUCAUGACAUCCCAUCGGAAAUAUCAAGUCGCAACUCCCUAAACCAGAAAAGACUCGGAGUUGUCCGGAGUGAUUCGCUAUCAAUUCUAAGAAAAACUUUGAAAAAGUUUUCGCUAACUCGGCAUCACGUGACCAACCCGAGUGGUAAAGAAAGUGCACGACAUUACAUUAAAAGAGCGCUAAAAAAGUCUGGACUGCAUGUCUGGUCCGAGUACAUCAAGACGGCACAGUCUUUGAGGGGGGAGAACAUUAUUGGGAUGCUGCGCGGGAGAUACAGCAACACUGCUGAUGACGAAAUUGUGAUCGUGGGCGCCCAUUACGAUACGACCAGCAGAACACGUGGUGUGGACGAUAACGGUUCAGGAGUGACCGCUUUACUGCAGGCGGCAAAAAAAAUCGGAAAAAUGGAAUGUCGUUUCAAACACACCAUUCUUUUCGUGGCCUUCGACUUCGAAGAAGAUACCGCGAACUCCAAAUUUCCCAUUCCAUCGGGCAGCGAACAUUUCGUGGCAAAUCUCACGAAGUAUCUCAGGAAGUCGGGCGGCACGGUCAAAGGAGCUCUUGUACUUGAAAUGAUAGCAAAUCACAACUCUUCCCGAGGAUCUCAGGCAUUACCGCCAUCGCUCUCUUCGAUAUCACGUGACACAUACUUGAGCGUCAUUGAUGGGGGGAGUCGUGGCGAUUUUCUCGCUGUAGUAGGUCGAAAGAAGAGCGACUUGGAACUGAUGAGAUUGCUGGAGCGACGUUAUGAAAAAGAUAUGUCAUUUAAAAUUCGUCUGGUACCCCUGCCGAUCUCCGGGAGACCUUCGAAUUCGCCCUACUUCGAAAGCCUCAAACAGUUUUACCGCAGUGAUCAUUACAACUUCUGGGAGAACUCUGUUUCUUUUCCCGCUGUGAUGAUAACAGACACGUCGAACUUCCGAGCGCCGAUGGACAAAUGCUAUCACAAACGAUGCGACAGCAUGCGUCUUAUCGAUAAAAAGGAUUUGCAAUUCUUGCGAAGGAACAUAAAUGCCGUUAUAAGCACAGCAAUCGACCUUGGAGAAAUAGAUUCGUGCAGGACACACGAUGCCGAUGAAUCAAACUCAAAUUUAGAUUCAAAAGCACACGAGAAGAACUUGAUUGAGAAUGCAUCAGAGUCGAAAACGCUCAAUGUGCCAAUACUGCUAAUUCCACACAAGCAACUGCGACCAACAAGCUCAUCCGCAAUAACCUCUUUAUCAUUAGCAUUUUACAUGACGAUAACUUUGUACUUGUUGUAAAUAGGAUCAUGUGAAUAAAUUACGUCUUGUUAACAA